AUGGAGACUCCACCAUUUAUUCGAAGUUUCGGGGACAAUCAAAGCUCGUUGAUGGAUCGGUUAGAGAGGUUAUCUUUCGAGGCACACCUCAACAAUGCAUUGCUUGGUCGGAGCCUAUCUGAGUCUGGUUUCUCUUCCAUGUACAAUGCUGUCAUAGAUGAUCCUCCACCAGUACAUGAGGAGAAACAGCCAUGCCAACAACAAGUUCGAAAAGGGUUACGUUUGAAUAAGAUGUUGAAGAAUCUUAUGAAACCGAUUAGAUACUGUGGCAGAAGAAUCAGCAGAGGGAAGAAACAGGAGGCAGCGUUUGAGUUAGAUGCUAGGAGCUUUAAGAAGUGGCAAACUUUCAGCAAAUCUGUUCGUUUAUUUUGAAGUUUUUUUAGUUAGUAGUUAUCUUUCUACUAAUGACAGUAUUAACUACAAAAAAACAUAUGUACUUGUGUUUAGGGGAGGCUGAAGUUUAGCAUUUGUUUUUAUUUGUUGGUA